AUGUCUCCAACCCAAAAUUUAUUAUGUACUGAUGACGAGAAGGGGUUGCUCUCGCUCCUCCGGAAAUUGGCCGUGCACACGAGCGCCAACUCGGGCGUGGCGCAGUACCGGAUCCUCCUCCUGGGUCUGGACAACGCGGGGAAGACGACGCUCCUCAAAAUGCUCGCAAACGAGACGGACGAACACUUGAAGACGUCCCCCACGCGGGGCUUCAACGUCAAAACGGUCCAGACUGACUCGGGCUUUCGCCUCAACGUGUGGGACGUCGGGGGACAGAGGAAUAUUCGCCCGUACUGGACAAACUACUUGGAAAAUGCGGACGCCUUGAUUUACGUCAUCGACUCCGCCGACCGGAAACGACUCGGAGAAAGUGGUGAGAUCCUGUUUGAUCUCUUGGAGGAUGAAAAAAUGGGCGGCGUGCCACUCAUCGUCUUCGGAAACAAGCAAGAUCUCGCCGACGCCGCGUCCACAGCCGACAUUGCGCGCUCCCUCAACCUUCACACCAUUCGGGACAGAGCGUGGCAGAUCCAGGGCUGUUCCGCCGCCACGGGGGAAGGCGUUCGGGUUUUACCGGUGGCAUGA